CCCGCCCCGCCGUGUUAGAGCGCGCUCGGCCCGCGGGGGGAGGCGGCCUCCGAGCCGCUCCGCACCUCAUCGCGGCGGGUCGCCAUGGGGUGGGCUGUCCGCCGGCUGCCCGCCGUGCUGUACGGGGCUCUGGCGGCUCUGCUGCUGCUGGGGGUGCGGGACGUGCUGUUCGUUUACGAGGAGAACCGGUGCAGCAUGACCUACAUGUACGAGUACCCCGAGUACCUGAAAAUAAAACUACCAAAGAAGACAGCCAGACGAUAUCCAGCUUAUGAGCUCUAUCUCUAUGGAGAAGGGAAUUAUGCUGAAGAAAACAAAAAUCUGAUACUGACAGGCAUUCCAAUUCUCUUUCUUCCUGGAAAUGCUGGCAGUUACAAACAAGUGCGUUCUCUUGGCUCCAUCGCUCUUAGAAAAGCAGAAGAUCUUGACUUCAAGUAUCAUUUCAAUUUCUUCAGUGUCAACUUUAACGAGGAGUUGGUUGCAUUAUAUGGUGGUACCCUCCAACGACAGACCAAAUUUGUGCAUGAAUGCCUAAAAGUAAUUCUUAAGUUGUACAGGGGUCAGGAAUUUGCACCAACCAGUGUUGCCAUAGUAGGCCAUUCCAUGGGUGGUCUUGUUGCAAGAGCACUGCUUACCCUGAGGAAUUUUAAGCCGGAACUUAUAAACCUCCUCAUUACACAAGCUACGCCUCAUGUUGCACCUGUGAUGCCUUUGGACAGAUAUCUUACCGAUUUUUAUAGAGCUGUAAACAGUCACUGGAUUCUAAAGGCCCAAGAUUUAAGAAAUUUAACUACCCUUUCUGUGGCGGGAGGAUUCAGAGAUUACCAAGUUCGUUCGGGACUGGCUUUUCUACCAAGACUGAGUCAGCAUGACAGUGCCUUAUCUGUUGUGAGUUCAGCUGUGCCUAGGGCUUGGGCCUCAACAGACCAUCUCUCCAUAGUGUGGUGUAAGGAAUUGAUCCUGGCUACCAUCAGAGCUUUUUUUGAUCUCAUAGAUGAAAACACAAGGCAGAUAACCGAGGAUCCCAAGAAGAGAAUGUCUGUGUUGAAUCACCACUUUGUUAGACACCCUGGAAAGCUUUUUGAGGAAAAUCCUGAAGCUCUCACAGAACUUACAGGAACUUUCACGUGGAUUAAAGUCAAAUCCUCAAAAUGGACUUAUCUGGUUUACAAUGAUUCUGAUGGAAAAUACUUCACAUUUCCUCUCGCAAGCCACAGAGAAUCCUACAGUCACUUUUACUGUGAAAGCACUAUGUUGGACACAAGUAGCUGGAUUUAUGGCUGUGUGAACAGCAGCUCUUCAGUAUGCCUGGAAGCUACUGAUCUAUCCUGGAGGGCUGAGUUACUUCCAAACGUCAAGGUUGUAAUACUGAAACUUCAAGACUACCCUUCUUUGUCCCACAUUGUCGUUCUUGCACCACCCUCAGCUGGCAAUAAGUUUACUUUGGACUGUGAAUUCUUCAACGAGGACUCCAGAACGAUACAGCUCCCUGUAACAAAUCUUUUUUCCUUCGGUCUUUCUUCAAGCAAAAUUCUAUUAAAUUCAACUGGUUUAUUUUACAAUGUACAGCUUCAGCACUUUAACCAAGUAUAUCAAGCUUUCAAAAUAUAUGUCGAGAGCCACUGCCGGUCACCGAUAGAAAGAAAACCUAGUGUUUACAGACUACAUAUACCCUGGUCACAUGAAGACUCAGUAACUGUGGCUAAUGUUCCAUCGUUUACUGAGAUUUCUGCAAAACUGCACGUUGCUCAGCCUGAAAAUGAGAGCAGGGUUCCAGUGCUAAAUAUUUACUCUUCCUCAGACUGUCAGUAUGAAGUAAUAGUGAAGACGUCGUUUUUACAAAUUCUUGGACAAAUCAUAAGGUUCCAUGCUGGCGCUCUUCCUGUCUAUGUUGUUUCUAAUAUCCUCCUUACCUACGGAGGACAGUUGAGCACACUGAUGUCAACAGGCCAGUGUUCAGAAUUUUCACUUGAACUAGUUAGAGCAGCUAAGCCCUACAAAGUAGAACCUAUUAUAAACAUUGUUGUGUUUCUGCAGGGGUUUAACUGGUUUAGAGAGAUAUGGGAUUCACUCUUGCUACCAGAGGUGGAUGCUGCUGUACUGAGUAGUCAGGAUGCAUGGUUCCCCCUUGUGUCCCUGAUUCUAUUUCUUUUUGGGACAGGCAUUGCCUACUGGAGUGCAGUAUUUUUCUCUACGACUCUGAGAAUCUUCUCUUCAUUGUGGUUAACUCUGACUAGACCUACUGUACUUUCAAAAGCUAAACUGAUUACACCCAGAAGACUCUGCGUGGUGGGGUCCCUUGCUUUGGUUAGCUGGACCACCUGUGGUGCACUUGCUCUACUGAUUAUUUAUCUCCAAUACUUGCUCAAGGUUAUAAAACUAAGCGUGAAUGUAAGAGCAGAGCAAAACGUGCUGAAUAGGGAUUUGGACCACUCAAAAGAAACUUCACAGAAUUCCAUUAGAUGCACAGUCAAAAACCAGAAUUUGACGAACAGUACUUCGGAAGCAACACAGUCUCUCUCAAGCAGUGCUACUGCUGAAGCUGCUAGCAGUCUUAACAUCCAUGUUACAGUGCUCCAUUUGUUCACUUGGAUUGUUCUGCUCAACUUGCCAUCUUUGGUUUAUUGGUUAAAAAAUCUCAGGUACAGUGUUACACUUGAGCCUGAUCCAUGUAGAACUACAGCUAUUAUACUUGUAUGCAUUUUAGAAGUCCUCAUGAAUUCGAGUACUUCUGAAGUGAAAUCAAGUAAACUCCUGAAGAUGGCGGCCAACGUUCCACUCCCUUUGUCUGUUGCAGUGUUGGCUUUCGGACGAAUACAUUUGUACAGAGUACCACAUUUUGUAACUCUUUCUCUUCUUCUACAUGUGCUGUGUUGUAUUGUGUAGCAUUUUUUUAUGUGAGAACAGUGCAGCCUGGAAAGUAAUCAUGUAAAGGGGAAAGAUUUCAGCAAACAAAUGCCUAGACUAACAUAACUUGCGUUGUUUGGGAGAGAGAGCUGAAAUAUGAUUCCUUUAUGACAAGUUUUUGGUUCUGUUCAUGCUGCUUAGAAGGCUUUUCAUGGCGUUCAUUUCCUGACUGUGAAAAUGAAGUGAAUUAACUGUGCGUGAGCGAGCACAUGAGUUGUUUUACUGUUACCUCUCAACACUGUUUGCCUUGCAGACACUUGGAUAUUUCACUGUUUUUCUUUGUUGAAAUAGGCUUCUUUUUUUAAAUUCAGUACACUGUACAGCGCGUAUGUCCUGAACUUGCUUCUCUUGCAGGUCUGAAGUAUGCUGGUUAAACCCGAUAAACUUCAAGCACACUGUGACUACCAGAAAUACUACACAGCCAAGUAUACUUUUAAUCAUUUUAUGCUACAUUUAAAAGCUGCCACAGUUGUGUCUCGUCAAACCAGAGCGUGCUGCUUCUAUAGAGCUGUUAUUUCUAACAAAGCACGUGUUCAGUUACUGUUAGAUGAGUGAGAGAUUAUGGCAAGUUUUAAACAUUUUCAUUUCUGUGAGAGUGAGAAAACAAUGACGCUUUGUGUAGCUUUCUAUUCUGGAAGCUUUACCAGCAGAUUCAUAAACAACUGGCAGUAAUGUUGUUUUAAAACAUUGCCAGUUUUCUCUGGAUUUGUGUUAGUUUAGAAAUGACUCAUUAGACUUUGUCUGUAUGUAGGAGGUAGCAAAUGUUAAGGUAUGAUGUGAGUUUACAGUACAGUUGCUAUACUGCAGUUUCCAGAUAGCCAAGGUUCUUUCCUGUUGUUAAUGGAGAGUUGCCAUCUCAUAGUAAACGUCCAUAUGGUAAUUUAAUAUGAAAUAGCUACGACAGUGUAAAUCAAUGCCUUGCCUUACUGUGCUAACUUCCUCGUGUGGACAAGCUCUUAGGUAGUAUAAAGUACUGACCAGAAUUAUUAGCUCUGCGUAAAGAAUUAUCUUAGUGCCUAGAUGCUACAGUGACUGCCACUUACAACAAUGCCUAGAAUAGCUGUGUAUAAGGAAUUCUGUCUCCUGGCAUGUGUUUUGCCAACAGAAGAAAUCACAUAACCAUUAUGUUAUUUAAAGUGAGGUAUUGAUUCCGUGUAGAGAUGAGUGCUACUCCUUGCUUGUGUUAGCUGUCUCCACUAUCUGUGAUAACUGUCAUCUUCAUAUGGAAUUACUAUACCAGCUUGAUUACCUAAUAUGGAUAAUUACAGGAAAUCUGCUACCCACUGUCAACUUAGUGUAUUCUUAUUUUAGUGGUAGAGCCUGACCCAUUGAUCUUAUUAUAUCUUGUUAUUCUUGCCUAAAGUGCCUCAGUUAGUUCUAGCUUGUUCUUAGAGUUAAUUCAUCUGAGCUGCCUGAAAAGACUUAAACUAAUUCACACAGUGACUUUCACAAUGAACCCGUUCUGUCUUACAAACAAGUCAGUUGUUCAAGCGAUCACUAAGUUAUUAGAACUGCUUUUCUUAGUAGUUAACCAAACCACAGUUGCUGUUGCCAGUAACCUACCUGCUGAUCUUUAAGUCUUAAUGUCUUAUUAACAAGAUUAGAUCAUGAGUAGUGUUUGUAAACCAGGGGAGUUAACUGUAUUAUAUCCUGAUACUGUCUAACCAAAUGUGUGCUACAGCAUAUGUAUAUAAGACAAUUUGUGUGUGUGUAUACUUGUACCCUGAUGUAGCCUAGAGGUUCCUUCUCAGACACGGGAGAGUAUAGUUGCUUUCCCACUUUCAAGUGGCUGUGAGUGUGAAGGACAGUGACAGAACUGCAGUGGGGCUCAUAAAAGGCCAUCUGUGAAAUGUGCAGAGAUAGAUCUGAUUUCUGUGGAAGAUCAUUUCCUUGGUCUUCGCUGUCCUCUUGGCCUACUACGGUAUUUUGCCUCCUGUUUUGGAUUGCCGUCUUUAUCGCUUCUUCCUGCAUGAACCCGUUUGUUGGAGCUGUUGCUGGAAUAGAAUAAUAAUGACCAGAAUAAGAAGCAAACAGUCUCAAGAUGCAGUAACUGUGUUAACUUCCAAAAUCUGACAAUGCGUGGAACAUACCAAAUCACAGCAGCAUAGAGUAACACCAUUUUUCUUAUUUAAUGGUAUUUUUGCAAGCUGAGAUUUUAUUUGAUGUUGCUAUUGUUCCUCGUAAAAUGGGUUACAAGAUGUAAUUUGAAAGUGUGGGUAGGAAUGGAGAGAUGUAAUAGGUAGUCUGAGAUGUCAGGUGGCAGACUUUAAUCACUCUUGUGCUGAUGCUUCCUUUUCCAAAGGUUAUUUACUUUCAUGGGAGGCAGGAAAGUAGUCUUAUGGCAAACAUGCUCUCAGAGAUGUGCACUGGAGUUUUGCAGUGAGGACUGCCUAACUGCUGCUUGAGAGAUGAAGGUUCUAAUCUCAACUAGAUUCCCUGUAUAAUCAGUGGAGGGGAUUAGGACGAAUCCAGAGGGCAAUUCAUUCAAUUCUAAGAAAAGAUUUUAUAAAUAUCCAGUAUAGUUUUUCAGAUAAUUAGUAUGAUUGUGCUUUUGGAGAAAAGGUGUCUCUUCUGUAGAUUUCUCCUUCUGAUAAUUCCAUCAUUACAGUCUCAGCAGAAACAUGGACUAACCCACUGUAAGGGCUUCUGAAUUGGCUGCGUGAUGAAGUAUAAAUAUUACCAGAGUAAACUUUAGUAUGACUGGACAUUUAUAAAACAGCUUUUGGGAAAUGCUUUCUCUUAAAACCUUCAAAUCCAAAUUCCAAUUGACUCUUCCAGCUUCAAACUAUCCAGGGUCCCUGGGGAAGAUCAAGACAAGCAAUACCAAAUCUGUGCUGUGUAGGAGGAUUUAUGUUAACUCACUCCAAGUUUGUUUUUCUGUUGCUUUUUAGAUGUUGAGGUACUAAUUUUGCUAAAUCACUGUGGAUAUUUGCCCCAUUCACAUGGAGAUCGUACCAUGUAAAACAAACAUGUUUUGGUUCGUGUGUCAGGAGACAAUCAGAAUAAGAAUGUGCAUCUCCCUUAUUUAAGCCAUUAGGAAGGGAAUUAAAAUAGAAAACAGAGUACCAAAUGCCACUAAUUGAAGCAGAAUCUUUCUUAUUAUGCUGCAGUAAUAGCCAUACCUAUAGCUAUUGGUUCAUAAAAGAUUUGUUUUUGUAAGGUAAGGAAAAGGUGUUAUUUCUUAACUGGAGCUGCUGAUGGUGAUAUUUUUGGAGCUGGCUUAAAGCUGGUUGCAGUAUGUCAUGUACCAUAGGCUGGUAUUUGAUGUGAAGUCUAAUUUUCCAUCUGUUUGCCAGUAAUAAGGUUGUAAGCCUGUCACUUAGCUUUUCUUUUUCCCUAAAGUCUGAUGUAUCUCCUUCAGAUCUUGACAGGGUGGACAAAGCUAAUUUGUUGCCUGUGCAUAAAAUAAAUAUUAGAGAAGCAUUUUUGAUCAAGCUGCUGAAGUUUAGUUCACUGCAUUGAUGAGUGUGAUGAGAAAAACGUUUUGUUUGUUUACACUGAGGAAAAAGUGCAGCCUUUAGAGGCCUGUAAUGCUAUGAACUACUGAAAUUGGUUUUGGAGGCAGUUGUGUGUACAGUAAUUGUGCUGCUGUUUUAAGUCACCAAGCUGUUAGCUGCAGAACAGACUGAACUCCGUGUUUUUUACAUAUCAUGGUGAAUGUUAAUUGCUUCAUUUUCAGGUCUGGCUCUUUACAUCUCCUUUUUUGUGGGAGAGAAUCAAACUAACCUUUAUAAGCACUUAGCACUGCUGGUUUUAAAUCUUCUAUCACCAUACCUUUGGGGAAGAUGUGUUUCUGUCACCAAAGCUACAUGCUGCUCUUCUGUGCCUCUGGGAAAGUGUCACUCAUUGGUACAAUUGAAAAGCAGACUCCUUUUUAUGUUGAAGUAAAAUAGUUUUUCUACCUUUUCUUAGAGCUAGAACUAUAAGCUGGUAUUCAUAGUAAAAUACUUUAAGUCUCUUAAGGUUUAUUUGACAAACCGAUUACAAAUAUGUAUUUUUUAUUUAUGGAAGAAUGUAUUCAAAACUUCUAAUUGGGACAUUUUAAGAUAAAAUAAGUGUUUAUUUCAUCUCGUGAAUAAACAUAACUUUUUUUUUUUUCUAAAUUAAAUGUAAGUAUUUAGCAAAUUCUAUACCUUUUGCUAAAGUCUGCCCACCACUUCAAUUCUUCAGUUAUGUCUAAGCAUGGAACAGCUUCAAAUAUGUGCUUAUGGCAUUAUAGCCUAGAAGCCAGUGUCAAAGCUUCGACAUUUAGACUUGAAGUUGGUUUAAGAUUUAGAGUCUCAUUCUACAUUCUUAUAUGCAUUCAGGUUUUGCAACUCAAUCUCUCAUAAAUUUAAAUUUAAGCAUGAUCUCUCUCUGCAGUUCUUAAUGGGUUGUGGUCUAUAUUUUCUUGGAAAUGUGUAUUAUCAGAGCUAAUUUUGUGUCUCUGAAGUUUGGGAGUGGUACACAAAAGCUUGUUACUCCUCAGUACAUCAUUCCAGUUGCUCCUUCCAUAAAGAUUUACCCUUGGUUUGCUGCUCUUCUGCUGUAGCACAAAACUGGAGGUUUGCAGUAAUAGGCAUUGCGGGUGAUAGAGUGAAGAUGUACAAUGUCUAUCUGGUAGGUUAUUGCUUUAUUGAAGUCUUUCAUGCUCAUUGAAAUACCAAUGUAGACUUGGUUUUCCCCCAUAUUCUUACAUUAGUUCAAAGCUUAUAUUCAAUCCUUAGAUGUGUAGCUUUUUUAAAGGUUAAAAGCACUAUUCUGGGAUCAUCUCAGGCUUCUCCCUUUUCCAUUUGUGUCACUCCAAGUAUGAAAAUGGUAUUAGAGAACAUUACCUGACAACUGAAAUAUUGUACAGAAGUCUGCAGAAGUAGGCAUGAGAUACAUGAUUAGUGCCAGACCAAAACUGAAAUGUGUAAUUCCUCACUGUGACUUCAAACUCGUAUCUUCCUAAAGUAAAAAAACAGCUACAACCCACUACCACCACAAAACAACAAACCCCGCAACUGUGUGCCUUAAACCAGUAAAUGAGUACACAAUAACUGUAGCCCAUGGACUUCUGUAGCCUUAUUUUUCCUCUUUGAAUUUGAGGAUAGUUGUGUGGAUCGUACUUAUAGUUGGUUUGGGGAAAAGCAUUUUCUACUUGCUUUUUUUUUUUGACAUUAGAUUUAUGGGGAGUGCAAUGUACUUAUAGUUUGGAUUCACAGCACCCGAAGACAACAGACUGGAGCUGACCUUAAUUUCUCAUUUCUUUCUUGAAUGACAAAGGAAAAUAAGGAAGAAAAAUUAGUGUCGGAUGCGUCUCCUCUUCUACAUCUUUGUGUCGGAAGAUUUCAGAUUUGGGUUGUUUCCUUCAAAACUGUAGCUCAAGCAAAAUAAGUUAUUUUAGCCGUUAAGUACCAAUGUUUACUCCAAGUGGUUUGGGUAGAGCUGAGGGGCAGGGAUGUAUUUGUUUGCAAGCUUUCAGACAUUUGAGUAAGCAGUUUCAUGUUUUAGGAAGUAAAGUAAGUCUGAAAAAAAUAAGGUUACAUGUUCAGCUCUUACAUCAUCAAAAAGAAAUAUUGAAGAUCUUAAAAUCCUGCUGUGAUGUAGUACUAAAAAAAGGUGUUGUUUUGUUGGUUUUUUUUUUUACUGUUUAGCAUGAAGAAUUGAGGAAAAGCCACUUCUAUGUGAUUGUUUGCAUUUUGAACAACAUCCCCAAAACACUUUCUUUGCCCUGUGAUAGUACUAAGUAAAACUUGUUUUUGAAUGAAGGUGUUGCAUCUGGGAGACUAUCAGUGGGCUGUGGGUGUUGUGAUGUACACGUAAAAUGAGUUUGUGUCGGCUCAACGCAAUAAUUACAAGCAGUACAAAUCAGUUAGUAACUUUCUUCUACUGAGAUAUAACAUGAAUCUGUUGUUCCACAGUGCUGUUUUCACUGUGGAACAACAGAUAAUGGGACUUUAUUUUUUUGUCAUCCCUACUGAUUGCUUGUAGUGAGCGAGUUUAGGACUGUUAGAACUUUUUCCACUCACCUGCAUGUCUCUUCUUUGUUCUGUACUGAUGUUAUUCCAGUAAUCCUAGUAACUGUUGACUUGCUGGCUACGGGGAUACUAGUGUGAAAAUAAUUGAGAGAGCCAAGCUACUUCUAAGGCUUUUAUGUAUGAUGAUGAACCUAGAAAAAAUGUGUGAGCCUAGUAACUUAUUUCCUUUGUUGCCCUUUGUUUUUUCCAAGCACAAAGACAAAAUAAUGUUGGACAGAAUACUUCCUUUGGAUGAUGGGCAACCAACCAGGGAUUGAUGGCUGGGAAAUCUUAUCAGUUACUAAGCAACCUAAUGCUUUUUAUCGUUCUUGUUUUGAGUUCUUUUCUAGCUGGUGUAAGCUUAGUAUUUAAAGUGGAGCAAACUGUAAUGGUUACAGGUUUCUAGAGUUGUUGACAGGGUCUUAUCAAUAAAUGUUUAAAUAACGCUAUAAUAAAUUAUUGUGCUUAUUAAAAGAGCUAUAACUGAACUCUCAGAUACAUCUGUGUGCGGUAAGCUUGAGCAAAGCCCUUGUGAGAUGCUGAGAUAACCUUGGAAAACAGGUAUCUUCAGCUGAUGUUUAAAUUAGGGAAAGCUGUUCAUGUCAAUCAUGCAAAACUAUCUUUGAAAUGCUGUUCCUUUUUUCAGUUAAGGGCAACUGGAAUGAGAGCUGCACUGGGACUUUGAUGUUUUGAUGGUUUCCAUGUCUGUUCUGUAUAAUUCAUAUUGUUUCAAUGUAUUUUUUUAAUUGUUGUUUUUUUUUUUUUUACAUUAGUGUGCAUGUUAUCAAAGUACACUGUACAGUAUAAAGCUUUGCUAAAUAAACUCUCGUGUAUAUUUUUGUAUGGUGUUUUUACAUGGUUGCAUUAGUACAAAUGGUGGUAAUUCACAAAAAGUGCCACUUACCAAUCAUGCUCUGUGGAGUGUCGUGAAUGUUACCUGUACUUUAGUUGUACAAACAAGCUAAUGAGUGUUGUGAUGAACAUUUGCCUUUAGUCUUUGCUCAGGUACAGUUGUGGAGCAGUUGGGUGCUUUUCCUUCUAACUUGUAAUAAUACUCGGGAUUCUAAGCAGAAAAUAAAAGCAGUGAACAAGA